AUGUGUUUGGAACAUUUUUCAUCACAAGUAGUUGAAAGAUACAAUAAGCCUGAAGUAGAAGUAAGAACAAGCGAAGAGCUCUUAUUAAAUCCAGUAAUUAUAUCGCGGAAUGCGAAUGAGAAAGUGUUAAUUGAGUCUUCGAUUAACUCUAUAAGAGUAAGCAUUAUGAUCAAGCAAGCUGAUGAAAUAGAGAAAAUACUAUGUAAAAAGUUUAUGCGCUUUAUGAUGAUGCGGGCGGAAAACUUUAUCGUACUUCGCCGGAAACCGGUGGAUGGAUAUCAUAUCAGUUUCCUUAUUACAAAUUUCCAUACUGAACAAAUGUAUAAACAUAAACUGGUUGACUUUGUAAUAUAUUUCAUGGAGGAGAUUGAUAAAGAGAUAAGUGAAAUGAAACUUGCUGUGAAUGCGCGUGCUAGAAUUUGCUCAGAAGAAUUUUUGAAGAGAUUCUAA